AUGCAGAGCGAUAAAAUCAUAUUAAUUGCGACGUUAAUCGCAAUUUUGUGCUUGGAAGGUCAUUUAAUCGUGGGUGAAUAUUGCUACGCUGACGAUCCAAAUCCUUACUUGUUGUUCGGUAUCAGAACAGCAUAUAAGAAUGUUCGCGGCACGAUAACCGAUUCCAUGAUACCAAACUGCGAGCCAUUGCAGAUUUGGAUGUUGUUGAAACAUGGAAGUAUAUCACCGCCUAAAUAUUGGAGCAUGAGGCUGAAAGAUGAUAAUAAUAUGGAAAUUAUUAAACGUGACCUCGCGCAUAGCAAAGCGGGACGAAUGUGUCAAAAAGAUUACGAAAGGAUCAAGCAUUGGAAUAAUUACGAGUACAUCGAUAAAACGAAGGUAUGGAUAUUAUCGAAGGAGGGUGAACUGGGAAUGAUGAGGCUUGGCCAACGAUUGAAGACCUAUUUCCCGGAACUGAUCCAAUGCCGCCCUGUCAAUACGUUGAAGAAGCAAUACUAUUUCAGGGCAAUGAACGCUCAACGAUCGAUAGCCAGCAUGAGAUCCUUAAUCAAAGGUCUUUUCGGUAACAUAAACUUGGACAACGUGGAUAUAAGGAACACAUCCCACGAUAAAAUAUUGCAGUACCAUCUUACCCAAAGAGAAUUUUUCGACUAUUACAACACGAGGGAUCUCUUCAUAUUCAACGACGAAUUUCGCAAAAUGAUCAACGGCAUUCGUCAAAGAUACGACUUGUCGAGCGAUCCUGCCCAUUUCAUUUACGCUUUCGACCAACUCCUCGAUGCGAAUUACGUUUGCAUGCGUGAGACAUCUUGGUAUCCGGACGUAAAGUCUCCAUGGUGUGCCAUGUUUACGAAGGAAGAGCUGAAAUUCUUCGCCAUAUACAUCGAUCGAUAUCUGUAUCGUUCACCCCCAUACUUUCAAAAACACACCCAAGCUGCGUGUCCAAUUCUGAAGGACUUGUACAUUCACUUUACGAAUUUGGAAAAGGGGAACGUGCACGAAGAGCCGAAAGGUAUAUUUUACUUCGGCGAUUUCCACUCGUUGAUGUUCUUCUACAGCUUAUUGGGACACCUGGACGGUGACGCGCCUAUGCCGCUUAAUUUCACCCUUCACGACUUGAGAAACAGAAAAUACGAUCUAAGCUAUCUGAUACCGUACAACGGGAACGUAGCGGCCGUCUUUUACAAAUGCAGCGACGGUUUCAAGGUGAAAUUGUACUCGAACGAGAGACCUCUUAAUUACAAAGGAUGCCCUCAAGGUACAUGCGAGUGGGGUUAUUUCAAGAAAGUAUUGAGGAACAUCGCGCUCAAGUGUAAUGUAGAUUUAUGUAACUUACCUUAA